AUGAUGACUUCUGUUUCUCCAGUUGCUACUUUUAUAGGUGCUAACAAACAGACUCAAGUUUGUGAUUAUAAUAAAGAACGUCAAAUCGUCGCAUUUGGUGCAGGAAACACAAUUGCUCUUUGGAAUCCAUUGGACGUUAGUUACAAAGGUGUGUGUGCUACUUUAAAAGGUCAUGAAUCUGAGGUUACUUGUGUGAACUUUAUUCCAGGUUCUGAUUAUUUGGUCUCUGCGUCUGAGGACUUCUAUAUCAAAAUUUGGAAAUUCGCUAGUGAUAGCAUUAACAUGGAAUGUGUUCAAACUAUUAAGCAUAAUACCAAGACAAUUGUUACAUUAGCAGUUUUACCUGGCUUAUUUGCAGUUGGUUGUGCUGAUGGUUUGAUAUCUCUGUGGAUUGCAGGCGGCGACGAAGAACAUUUUGUAUUGGGUCACGAAUUCAAUGUUCAAAAAGGUUUCUAUCCUUUAUGUUUAGCAUUAUCAAACAUCAAAGAUGAUAAAUAUAUUUUGGCAGUUGGUGGUACUUCUGUUAAUAUCUUUGUUUAUUCUUUUAUUUACAAUGGAUCCGAUAUUAACAGUUGUGAAAAUGUAUCUAAAUUAGAAGGACACGAAGAUUGGGUAAAAUCAUUGGCUUUCCGUCAUCAAGAGACUCCUGGGGAUUACUAUUUAGCAUCAGGAUCCCAAGAUCGUUAUAUUAGAGUAUGGAGAAUCAGAACCAAUGAUCUAAUUGAUAAUUCUGAUGAAGAUGAGACUAAAUUAAGUUUAUUAAGCAACAAACAGUACAAAUUCGAAAUCGCAAAUGACUUAAAAGUUGCUAUUAACUUUGAAGCUUUAAUCAUGGGGCAUGAUGAUUGGGUUUCUUCAGUAAAAUGGCAUGAAUCUCGUUUUGAAUUGUUGGCAUCAACAGCUGACACAGCUAUCAUGGUUUGGGAGCCAGAUGAAACUUCAGGUAUUUGGGUCUGUGCGUCAAGACUUGGUGAAAUCUCAUCAAAGGGUGCUUCUACUGCAACUGGUUCCACAGGUGGUUUCUGGUCCUGUUUAUGGUUCCAAGCUGAAGGAAAAGAUUAUAUUCUAACCAAUGGUAAAACUGGUUCUUGGAGAGUUUGGAAUACUAGCGACAGAACUUUCUGGGAAGCUCAAUUGGGUAUCACAGGUACCACCGAAGAGGUAACUGACAUUGCCUGGUCACCAAAGGGUGAUUAUCUAUUAUCUACUUCUUUGGAUCAAACAGUAAGGCUUUUCUCAGCGUGGAGAUAUAACAGUGAUGGUACUGAAAGGGAUCAAAUUAGUUGGCAUGAGUUUUCUAGGCCUCAAAUCCACGGUUAUGAUAUGAUUUGUAUCGAACCAAUAUCUGAAACAAGAUUUGUUAGUGGUGGUGAUGAAAAAAUUUUAAGAGCAUUUGAUUUACCAAGAGGUGUAUCUGACAUUUUAACAAAGUUUGCCGGUGUGACAUUUGAAUCAAACUCAGUAGUUCUUGAAUCCGCAUCUGUACCAGCUCUGGGUUUGUCUAACAAGGCUGCUACUGAAGAUAUUGAAGAUGUGGAAGAUCCAAAUGAAAGAGAAACAAAUGAGAAUAAAAAUAUAUCAUAUGAAUUAGUUGCUGCUUUAACAACUCCACCCUUAGAAGAUCAAUUACAAAGGCACUUGCUAUGGCCAGAAAUUGAAAAAUUAUAUGGUCAUGGUUAUGAAAUCACCUGUGUUGGUGUUUCACCAGAUCGUAAGCUAAUAGCAUCUGCAUGUAGGUCAAACACAGCUACACAUGCUGUUAUUCGUAUUUUCAGCAUAGAUACUUGGUUAGAACUAAAGCCACCUUUAGCUUUCCAUAAUUUAACAAUAACUAGGUUGGAAUUCUCUCAUGACAGCAAAUAUUUACUGAGUGUCUGUAGAGAUAGACAAUGGGCCGUUUGGGAAAGAAAUUUCGAAGAUAACUCUUUUACAUUAAAAUAUAAAAACGAAAAACCACAUAGCAGAAUUAUUUGGGAUUGUGUUUGGUUACCAGAAGAAUAUGGCAAUGGUUUCCUAACAGCUUCGAGAGAUAAGACAGUUAAACUUUGGAAGUAUGGUAAUGACAAUUAUGAAUUAGAAACGUCUAUUAAAUUAACUGCAGCUGUUACUUCGAUUUCUGUUAUGCAAAAAUUAUUGAAUAAUAAUUUAAUCAUUGCUAUCGGUUUAGAAGAUGGGUCAAUACACAUUUAUAAGUAUUCUAAGGAUUCCUUUGAGCAAGUUAUUGAACUGGAUAAUGCCAUUACUCCAGCCGGAAGAAUUUCUAGAUUAAGAUGGUCUAAUUUAGAGAAUUCUGGUUCAUUCUUGUUAGGUGUCGGUAGUAGCGAUACUUCAACUCGUAUCUAUUCCGUUCAACUAUCUGACAUAUGA